GUUUGAAACCGUGGCAUGCGUUUGUCGUACAGAUAACGGACCUAACACGGAAAUGAAUGCGAUUGGCAAAGAUUCUUAGCAUUGACGGCAUUUAAACUACACAACAACGGAGACGUUUCACAAAUAGUGAUUAUAUCGAUACACUGUGUUAAUAUUUUACCACUGUCCUUGAAAUCUACUCCCAAUAUCGUUUCUAACUUCCCACCCAAGGAAAACAAUGGCUUCCAGGUCGCCGUCUUCCUCUCCAGACACUGCGACAGGUUCAGGUACAGAUCCGGCCCGGCCUGACACUGGGGAGCCCCUCGGUGGAGCAGGAUCGGACUCCGACUCGGACUUGGGUUUGUGUAAAUUUGACUGCUGCGGCAUGGAGAGUGGCGACCGCCUGGAGGGCGAUGAGUUGGUGCGGGAGUUCGAAUCUGCUGCCGACCGUGUUGCAGAUCUGGUCCAAACAGCCAGCAGGGACCAGCUACUCUAUCUGUAUGCGCGGUACAAACAGGUCAAAGUGGGGAAGUGUAAUACACCAAAGCCAGGAUUUUUCGACUUCGAAGGUCAGAGGAAAUGGCAAGCCUGGAAGCAGCUUGGGGACAUGGAGGCAGAGCAAGCAAUGCACGAAUACAUUUCCUGUGUGAACGUGUUAGACCCUGAAGGCAAACAGAGGUAUAGCCGAGGAGCAGAGAGGAGAACAGGGUUCAGUGGCGCAACAGUCAGCUCAUUGUACCAAGAGGAGACAAUCAGAGAAGAAGAUAAGAACAUAUUUGAUUACUGCAGAGAAAACAACAUAGAGCACAUUACCAACGCCAUCAGUUCCCAGAAAGUGGACGUCAACACCAAAGACGAAGAGGGCCGAGCUCUCCUGCACUGGGCCUGCGACAGAGGCCACAAGGAGCUGGUUUCUGUUCUCUUGCAACACAAAGCUGACAUCAACGGCCAGGAUAAUGAAGGACAAACGGCGCUACAUUAUGCAUCGGCGUGCGAGUUUGGCGACAUCGUGGAGCUCCUUCUGAACGCAGGCGCCGACCCGUCCAUCAAAGACAUUGAGGGCUCGCUUCCCGAGGAGGUCACCGCUUCUGGCACCAUCUCCUCUCUCCUGCGCCAGUACACCUCUCCCAAAGGCUAGAGCACCUACUCCAUACCUUCCCUCAACUCCAGAACCCCCUUCCCCGUGUGUCUACCCAUCACCCCAAGACUUCCCAGCAUCCCUCACUUCCCCCCCAGAGAGAAACUAUAUAAGCCCAGCAGUUUGUGUUCAAUUUGGGAUGUCUCCCAAAUGCUUGAGGUUAAUUGGCUCUGCCGUGGUUUUUUUUUUCUUCAUUUAAAAGCAUCUGCAGCCUACUACAGUCUUCUACUUCCAUCACCUGCAAGAGUUUGCCGACAUGGUCCUGGAACCAAGAUUAUUUUUUUGUAUUUGGUAUUUAUUUGGAAUCAUUAGAGGAGGCAAAAGACUGACAUAUACAAUUUAUCAUCCGCAACUUUAGCCGUUUCUGUCCAUUUUUACAGAUGUUCUGAUGAUUCACUUAUGUUACAUUCCAUAGAAUGCUUUGUCUGUCAUCCAU